AUGAAACCGUCAUUGAAAACUCCCGAGCUUUUUGUUCUCGCCAAGUGUGGUCUAUCGUUGCGUUGUUAUUCUAAAAACGGGACAGACGGAAGAACUCCGACUGCAGAGAUGAUAAUGGAUGUCGAAAGCAUUCUUGAUGAACGCGUCGACCAGUACGAUUUGGAGAGAUUCCGUGAGGCUUACGAAACACAGUGUCGACGAGGGCCUCCCAGUGCUUUAGCUACUUUCAACUACGGAACUGCGCUCAUACGCUCGACUAAGCAAGACGUCGCGGAGGGAAUUAACCUUUUAGAAAAGCUCCUGAGAGAGGAACCUGACGAUGUGAACAAAAGGGAUUAUGUCUACUUUCUCGCUUUGGCAAAUGCUCGCAUGAGGAAUUAUGACCGAGCUCUGGCAUACAUCGACAUCCUGCUAGCUGCAGAGACGCACAACAGACAGGCUUCGCAACUUCGUGAUAUUAUCGAAAAGAGAAUGAAAAAGGAUGGACUGCUUGGCCUUGCUGUAAUUGGUGGCGGUGCUUUGCUCGUUACGGGCAUCGUUGCUGCGUUGUUCUCAGCAAGAAGAUAAACUUGCGAUCAUCGUAUAAGAGCGGGAUUUCCUACUUCUAUUCCAAGUAUUCUCGAUGUAUAUAUUUAUGCAUGCGUUGUUUGUGGUCUUUAGCAUUGCUUCUGUGUCACCUUAGCUGCCCACAGAGUUGUAAAUCUUCGGCUUUACCCUCGGUUCCGGUUUCUGGUUGCAUGUUUUCCGUAUACAGCGUUUUCAGGUGAACUUAAUCGUUUUUAAAUAUGUGUCGUGAUAGUAUUAUUCGAAAUGAGUAGUCAUGUAAAUUAUAAAUCAGUAGAUUUUUGAGUUGUGGAGAAUAAAGUAUUAUUCGGGUA